AUGUAUAAUGAAAGUAUCACUCUGAGUGUACUACCAGAAACACAGAGCAGUAAUGGAAAGAAGGAUGGUACAGAAACAGACAAGGAGAAUCUGCAGUGGAAGGAGGAAAUCAACAAGACAAACAACAACUGCUCUCCCAAGCAAGAGAUAGAUGAUACAACAGGCCAAAAAGAGAAAGAGAUUGUGCAAAGUAAUGAAGAAGCUCAAGAGAACAUUGUAGUAUUGUCAUACUGCAUCCUACAUGGUGGGGAAAUCGACCUUGCCCAACUCAUAGCAGAUAGCAUCCAGGAGAUGGCCGAAGACACAAAUAAAUCGGGUAGGCUUGGACACCCAAGCACAAUCCUGAGAUUGUGUAACAGGGCUGGAGUGCUCUUCGAGGAUGAGGAUACAGAGAAGGAAGUUCUUGAUGAAAUAUCACAACAGAAUGCGAAAGCGCAAGAGCAGUAUUCAAGACAACAGGAACUCCAUCUGCAACAACAAGAGCAAUAUCUAGAGCACCGGGAACAAUAUUCGAAGGACAGGGAGCAAGAUGAAGCUUGGCAACACAGAAUGGAGGAAAGAUUGGGGAGCUGGCAGCAACAAUCAAUGGCCCAACAACAAGAACUUCAAGCUAAAGUUCUUGAGGGACAAAGGGAACUAACAACAGGACUUCAAGAGUCAUAUGAUAAGAUGUUCCUGACCCAAGCUAAGUAUGGGGAAUAUACUCACAAAUUGUAUCAGUGGAAGAAUGUUCAUCAUACCAUCGGAGAAACUAGACAAGUGCAGCAAAUAGAGCAUUAUGAAGAUACACAAGCAAAGUUGGAGUAUUUAAUCCGCUGCAUGCCAGGAUUAAAUUCACAAAUCAAACCAUUUGAGCUGUGCCAAGAUUUAAGAGACCAACAGAAAGCAAAGACCAAGCAUUAUACAGCAAUGAUGUAUAAGAGAUUGGAGACAGCUGGGCUCACAGGUCUCAUAGAUCCCAUCUGGGACAGAAGGUGCCCUAGUGAAGAAGUUCGUGACUACUCCAAGCUUGGGAAAAGGAAGAAGAACAAGGGAGAAUCUAGCAAAUCCAAAAGAAUGGAAAUGCCUGACAAAUAG